UUGUGCACACUCGAGUCGUUCCAUGAUAUUUUAUAUCUGCAAAUUAUUUAAAUAAUAAAAACCUUAUCAGUAUCAUUAAUGCGAAACACGAGAGAGCCCUAUGAAUUCAUGAAGUCGCCACGCCCCCACGAUAAUAAAUAAUCCAAUCCAAUUGAUGACUUUUUGUCAUUGAGUUUUUACAUCAACAAUUUAAUACCAAUAUUACAAUUAAUUAGUGAUUUUAGUGUUUGGAUGCAAAAAAAUUACUUAUUUAAAUGUUCAAUAUCUUUAAGAGCUUAUAAAUAUAAACUGAACUGUGUAGUGCUGAAACGUGAAUAUGUCUGUGUUGAAUAAUUUUAGCGUGUCUAUUGCAAAGGGACUUAGACGUCUUCAAAAAAAUGACGUCACGAAGCCGUUUCUGUCCAGCACGAAGAGGCGAGGCAGCACCAGUAACAAAGAGGACAGACCCCACUUGAAGAUGGAGAAGAGCCUCAUAGUGUCCAAGGUCACGAGAUUCGAAUAUGAAAAACACAGUCGAGAGAACAUAUCCGAUGAUGAGCUGGAGAGGAUACUUCGGAAGCGAGGGUCAGACUACGACGCCAUGCUACAAAACCAUAAAGAACAGAAAGCAUUCGAAGAAAGUGUUGCGAAGAAUAUGAGGGACAUUGGAUUGAAAGUGGAGAUGGCUAGCAGAUGUGCGAAACUUGGGACCAUUGUAGAGACGCCCGCAAGAUUAACAUACAACGAUGAACUAAUCAAUUGGUGUGACGUAGUGGUGCCGUGUGGUGGGGAUGGCACCUUUUUACUGGCCGCUUCCAGGGUACGAGAUGCAAAUAAACCAGUGAUAGGCUUCAACAGUUCCCCGCAACGGUCUGUCGGGAGGCUGUGCCUACCCACGUGGUGCUCCAACGACGUCAAGGGUGCGCUACACGCAUUGAAGGAGGGCAAGUUUAAGUGGCUGCGCAGAUCACGAAUUCGUACGACAGUGUCAAGCGUGCCCAAACUACUCGACAAAAUUACACCAGUCGAUCUGCACACACUUCACUACUGCAGAUACCCACCAGUGUCUCACUUCCAGGACACGGAGUGUCAGCCCGACCACACAGACCAAGACGCACCAAGCUCGCAGCUAUCCACGAAGGUGUUGCCAUUUUUAGCACUUAACGAGGUGUUCAUAGGCGAAAGUGUGACGUCACGAGUGUCGUUGCUUCGACUGCAGAUCGACAAUGGCAAGUGGACGCAGACGAAGAGUUCAGGGCUCUGUGUCACAACCGGCACGGGCAGUACUUCAUGGCAUUUCAGUAUAAAUUGCCUCAGAACCCACUCGGUACUGGAGCUGAUGAAGAUCCUCGGUAAGGACUUCGACGUGAAGUUGGAUACGCGGCUGGAGAAGGCACGCGAAGUCGCAGAAAGAUAUAACCAGAAACUGAUGUUCCCACCUGAUUCGCGGCAGCUGGCGUACAGCGUCCGCGAAUACAUCACGUUCGAAGAAUGGCCGGCGCCACGUGGCCUGCGUGUGCGGGACUCCGCCGCAUCUGUGCGUGUACGCUCGCACUGCACCGACGCAGGAUUAGUGGUCGAUGGCAGUGUCUCGUUCCCCUUCAACGAUGGCACUGAAGCCUUACUGGAGAUAUACCCUGAAGAUUCCCUGAUGACAGUGCAAAUGGAUGAAGCCCUACCCCAUUAACAAAGUAGAACUCGCAGUGAGGAACUAUUCAAUUUGUAUACAGGCAUAUAUUUAUUUGGCUAUGUGGACAACGCUAUAUAUAUACUUCUAAAGAGGUUAUAUCACCACUGUAUAUAUAUUACAAUAUACAUAUGUAUUUCUAUAGUUUUAUAAAAAAUACCCCUUGUUUACAAAGACCAGGUUACUUGAUACACCUUCUGUUAUAUAAUAUAUCAAAUCUAUACAUAAGAGACUAUUUAAAAUUGUAUUUCACACAAUUUCGCAAUAUUAUUUGCUUAACAAAAAAUGUUCGAAUUCAUGAAUUAUGAACUUCUACUUUUGAAGUCGGUAAUUAAUUAGCGAAUUAAGAAAGGGGGCUAGAUUAAAUUUGUCGUGAUUGAAAACAACUCCAACAUUAUUUAUUGAUGCGUAAAUGACCUAAGAAUCCAAAUUUAAUUCUUUUCUUUCAAACAGUUAUUCA